UCGUCGGCUCGGCGCGGCGUCUCCCUCCCGACUGAAGAAAUGCGAGCGUCGCCGCUCGUCGCUCGUAGUCGUCGCCGUGCCACUCGCGAGCACGCACAGCAGCACGCCAGCAGGGAGCGAGCGAGAAAGAAAGAGAGAGAGAGAGAAAGAGAGAUAGUGAGCGCGGUUCGAUAACGGCGAGAGAAACAUCGGACUCGUCGAGCGUCCAAGUGGAAAUCGACUUGCCAGUCGAGUCGGGUCUUUCGCUACGAUCGCGUCGUUUUGCGACGCUUUCCGACGAGAGAAUCCGGAGAAUCGGAAUAAUUGCCGACAGCAAUUAUACUCUUAUCGAUAAUUGAACAACGGUUGAGGAAUAAUUCUUCAAUUGCGCUUGUGUUUCAUUGGCCCUCGCGGAGCGAUUUCAGUGAAAUUUCGAUCUCGAUUUCGUGAGAUCUUACGAUAGUUUCGAAAAGUGGCGUCGAGGCUCCUCGUCUUGUCAAGCUCUUGGAACCAUUAUUGAGAGAGAGAGAGAGAGAGAUUUUGCAAGUUCGGACUGAAACUGCAUGUGCGUACGCGAGCUAUCGUUGCCGCGAAUUUCAGGAACGGGCGAUCUCGAUUGCUCGACGUGGUGCGUGAGUUGCGGGAAGAUUGCUCCGGAAGUGAAUUCUUCAGCGAAGAUAUCGACACGCCGAUAGAGCUGCGAGUGGCACGUUUGUUUUUGAACGCAGUAACCGCGCUUGUGACACCUGCGGUACCUGCGCACGAGGACUCUUCCCGGCAGAGAGAGAGAUCAAUGUGAGUGGCUCAGUGAGGGAAGACGAACAGCAGGAAAGAGAGAGAGAGAGAGAGAGAGAGAAAGAAAGCGAUUUUAUGAUCCUCGAGCGAGUCGCGAUAUCCGUCGGUCGCUCCGGAAACUUCGCGGACGAGGCGAAAGCUUCGUUCGAUCGAUCAGUCGAUUCUUUCUUUUCCUUCUCGCCGUGCUUGUCGCUACUCAGGAGACAGGAUGGUCACGCACAGUAUGGACAAUAUUUUGAACAUGCAGUACUAUCCGACGAACAACCACGUCGAUGCGUCGUCGGCGCGCUCGCCGCCGCCGCGGAAGAGGCGUUGUUUGAACAAAGAGCAAGAUCCGAUGUCACACAGGAUCAUCGAGAAGCGCAGGAGAGAUCGCAUGAACAACUGCUUGGCUGAUCUCAGCAGGCUCAUACCAGCGGAAUAUCUGAAGAAGGGCCGAGGCAGGGUCGAGAAAACUGAGAUCAUCGAGAUGGCUAUCCGCCACAUGAAGCAUCUUCAGGGCCUCCGACAAGACACCAAGCACUCGCCGGUGACACCGGUGCAUGCGCAUCCCGAGGACAGCGUGGACAGCAUAUCGCACUCGACCGCGGCGUCCUCGGCCGCGGAGCACUACCGGCUAGGCUUUCAGGAGUGUCUGAGCGAGACCAUGCAUUUUCUCGUGGAGGUCGAGGGUUUCUUCGCGAGGGACUCCCUCUGCGUACAGCUCAUCAAUCAUUUGCAGCAACACUGUGACAAGAUCUUGGCCACAAGCGACCGGCUAGGCUUCCCGCAUCACGAGCUGCCGGUGUCGAACGGCAGCGCGAUCAACGGCGCCGGGUACGCGCACACGAGCAUUCCGACGAUAUGCCAGCCGAACGGCGGCCACUCGGACCACGGCUCGAGCUCGUCCGGCGUCAGCUCGUUCGGCGACCCGGAGCGUCCGCUGCGGCCGACGGUGCCGCCGCCGACGAUCGUAAGCGACGACAGCAACCACAGCAGCCACUCGCACAGCACGCCGCCCACCGCCGCGUCCUGCCGACCGGCCAAUUACAAGUUCAAGAGCUCCAUCAAGCAGAGGUUCUCGGCGGAGCGGGUGAAAUCGAGCUCCUCACCGCCCGUCGCCGGCCUCAUCGGCGCCGGCGGCGGCGGCUUCGACAAGCCGGUCUUGUCGUCGACCCACGGAGUGCCGAUCUUCGCUCUGCACGACGCCGGUUCCUUCUACGUGCCGCUUACGGUCGAGGCUUCCCUCAUCAGGCCGCACCUCAGCUUCAUUCCGGACACCGGGCCCGACACGGUCCUCCACCCGGUCACGAUCUCGGUCAACUUCAACCACUCGACGCCGCCGGCGUGGUCGCAACACCACAGCCCGACCCAUCAGCACCAAACAUAAUGGAGAGGCGAGGAGAGAGAGAGAGAGAGAGAGCCAGAGCUUGAUUAGACGUUACGUCGAACGAGUGGUGGCGUCUUUCGCCGGCAGCGACGACCAGGAGGCCGGUCUGCGGAAACCACGAACUUGGUGCCCUCCUCUAAAGCUGAAUACGCACCGAGCGAACUGACGAGGGACGAACGGCGAACGCAAGCUUUCGUUACUACACAGUUUGAAAAGUGUCCACGCCGUAACGGAAUCCGCACGAUUUGCUCGUAAGAUGAUUUAUCAAUGGAAAUUCAUGCGCGUUUGGAAUACAUACGUUCAUACCGCGCACAUUCGCUGCUCGCUCAUUGUUCGUUCGUUCAGUGUGUACCCACCUUUAAUUCGUUAGUUGCAACGCGCGACGAACGGGGCCGACCCGCGUGCGAUUCAUCAGCACCGUCCGUGUCGAAGUUUCGUUUUCGUCGCACCGGGAGAUACCUGGAGACGUCGCAGGACCGAUCACAUUGAGAUAUUUCGAGAUAUGUGCGAGUGAUCGAAUGUCAAGGAGUUAAGCGUUGUUAACACGUUGAUUGCCGCGGCGAUUUCCGACCGAUGCUCGAGGAUACGGUGAAAAGUGUGAUUUGAGACGCGUAUAUCCUUCUGGAAGAUCUUGCCUCUUUGAUCGUCCACAGUCGACCUUCCAAAUUCAAUUAAUUAUCUUUCAUACACGAGUAAACGUCAUCCCCUGGGGGCUGAUCAUGAAUCUUCCCAUCCAAGCGUGAACUCGCGAAAAAAAUGUGCAUUUUCUCAUUUGGAAACGUCUGGCACCGUUUGCUUCUCGUGUUUUCCGCCCCGGGGGAAAAAUUACACGAUCGCCGGAUCUCCGUAAAAUAGUCCGAAAAGAAAAACAAACUUUACUCUUGCUCGAAACAAAUCUCGACCGAAUAACCGUAAAAUUCCCAUGACUGUCAAUCCAUCCGUUUCACCUGGUAUUUCCUUGAUUUUGUCAUAUUAAUUUCACGGCUCACCGUCCACCGAUUCAACGUGUUGAACGAUGAACUUUCUCCGGCGCUGCGAGAAAGAGAAGAAAAAAAGGGAACAGAAGAACCCAGUUCCGCGUGUAGAGCGAAGGGGGAGGGCGCCGAAAUCUUGGAUGUUUGUACAUUUACCGAGGCUGUGGGUCGCUUUAGCAUUUACGAGGUUCGAGAGCGUGUUAAUGAUUGUACAUAGCGUAGAGUAUUCAGGAUAGGAAGCUCCAAGUCGUUUUCUGGCUUCGGUGUGUCUUUCUUCGUCGUUACUGUGUAAUUCACAUCCGUUCUCUCCUCCUCCCCUCCCACCCUGAUCCCUUUCUUCUCUAACAAAACGUUUCGUCCCGAUUCUCCCC